AUGGAGAACGCGAUGGUCAACUGGGUCGGGAGGGCACUAGGAUUCCCAGAAACGUUUCUAUUUCAGGUAUCGCUUGAGAACUCCAUAGACUCCCCACCUGCCAGUCAAGGAGGAGGAACAGUAACAGAGUCGGGAUCAGACGCUAUCCUGUGCGCAGUUCUAGCGGCUAGGCAAUGGAAAAUUAAUCAGGUCAUCGAAGAAGAGCAGCGUAGGGGAGGAUCGAAGUUCGACACCAUCCACGACAUCGGAAAACGACUGGUGGUCUACAGCAGUAAAGACGCUCAUUCCUGCAUUGAAAAAGCCUGCAAACUUGCUAUGCUGAGGUGCCGGCCGAUCCAACCCCUGGAGGAAAAUCAGUGGGGAGUCACCGGCGAGCAAAUCGAACAGGAGAUUAAAAAGGAUUUGGAGAAAGGAUUGAUUCCCUGCUUUAUCAACUGCACACUUGGAACGUCAUCGACGGCCUCUUGUGACAAACUGACGUCAAUCUGUCCUGUUGCUAAAAAGUACGACACAUGGCUCCAUGUUGACGCAGCCUACGCUGGAAGCACUUUCAUUGAAGCAAAAUACCGUGAAGUGGCGGAGUUCCAAGGCGCGGCCAUGGUGUGGGUGCGGUGCGAUGUAACGCAGAGCGUGCAUAUCGCCUACGUACAAGUGUAUCCACUGCUUUAA